GUUCAUUUCCUGUAUAAUAUUUGUAGUAAAUUUUAGCAUCUUUCUACCUCAGAUAUUUUUUUUACAACACACUUCAAGAAUGGCUCAGGGAGAAGAGAUAGGAAAAAUAUUUGUUGGUGGCCUUAGCUGGGAAAGUACUCAAGACAGUUUACAGAAACAUUUUAUGAAAUAUGGAGAAGUCAUUGACUGUGUUAUAAUGAAAGACCCAAUUACACAAAGAUCAAGAGGUUUUGGGUUUGUUAAAUUCAAAGAUCCAGUGUGUGUGCAAACAGCUCUUGCUGGUGCUCCCCAUAUAUUAGACGGCAGAACUAUUGACCCUAAGCCAUGCACACCAAGAAGUCAACAACAAAAGACUCAGCAAAUGGGACAGUUCUCAGGAAGAGUCAAGAAAGUUUUUAUUGGAGGAAUUCCACCAAACUGCAAUGAAGAUGAUAUCAAUAAUUUCUUUUCACAAUUUGGGCAGGUUACAGAGUUUAUUAUGAUGUAUGAUCAACAACAAAAAAGGCCGCGAGGCUUCGGCUUUUUGUCAUUCGAAAGCGAGGACAUCGUGGAGAAAGUGUGCACCAUACGUUACCACACCAUCAAUGGCAAAACGGUGGAAUGUAAAAAGGCUGAGCCAAGAGAUGUGAGAACUCAACAACAAAUGCCAAACCAUCAACAACAGCCAACACCUCCCCACAUUUCAGUUAAUCAAGUGAUGGGAGGUCAAGGUUGGGGACCAGGAAUGGGAGGUAGUCCGACUGGCCCUCCUCCAGCUGCUACACCCCAAACUGCUUACAGUCAGGGUGGAUGGGUUUCCCCUCAAGCGCCUGCCUAUGGACCACCACCAGCUGCAUUUAGUGCACAGCAAGGUGGUUAUGCUGGACCACAGCAAGGAAAUCGAGGACAUCCACCACCUCCAGGAACUCCAGUGACAUUUGCUGCUAGUGGGUAUGGUGGUCAACCUCCACAUUCACCCUAUGGCCCACCACCUCCAGGAACGUUCAAUCCAGCAGCUCCGUAUGGACAUCCACAAACACCACAGCCACAGCCAACGUACGGAGGACAGGACAAAUCUGGUGGCGGUAGUACAGAGAAAAAUAAACCAGGUGCACCGCCACAGUAUGCUGGAUAUGUAGGAUAUCCUGGAACACCUGAUCCAUAUGCCAGUCAGACAGGACAAGCUGUUUAUGCGAAUCAACCUCCACCACCUGGUAACUAUGGUAAUGCCCCUCCUUCAAGCAAAGAAAACACUGGUGGCGGUGAUUAUAGUAGCCACUAUGGUGGAGGUACUUAUGAAGUUUACAACAGUAUGCAAACAGAACAAUCAGGUUCAAUGGGGAGCUAUGCACAGGAAGCAUCUGGUUAUGGUCCACAGCGAGUAGCAUUUAGUAAUGGAUAUACAACAGCUGUCACUGCUGCUCCACCUGGUGGUAGUUAUGGUACAACACCACCACAGGGUGCUUAUCCACCACGGAGCGAGACACCGCAGCUACCAACACCACAACCACCAACACCACAACCGCAGUAUGCUGCUGCUGCAGCAGCGGCAGCGGCGGCUGCUGCAGCAGCCAACUAUGGACGUGGCACUGUUGCAAAUCACUUGUCAGUUCCAUCAUUUCAUCCAUACCGAAGAUAGAUGUGCUGUUAUGUUUGUGUUCCUUUCAAGUCUUGUAUACAACAAGGUUAGAGGGCUGCUUACAAAACAUCACCAAAGGUUGUCAUACAAAUCCUGUGAGCAAAGAAAACUUUGGGAGAAUAUGCUCUAUGAUCUGAGGUGGUGCCAAUCUAGUGGAGUAAAACAUACAUAAACAGUUUAGCAGAAGAGCUUUACAAGCAUGUGAUGAAACAAGAUGUGAGGAACAAAACACCAGUAGUACUAUACUUGCUCUAUUAUAAAUGCAUAGAAAACCAGUCAAAACUUUCACUGCCACUCGCAGAAUUCAAGAAAAGUUGUCUCUUGAAAUUAAAGUAGAUGACUAUGCUCGAAGCUCGAAGAUGCGUCUAAUAGAGCAAAUGUGGUUUGUUUUUUAAUAUACAAUUUAUUUUUACACCAUAUAGGUGUACAACUAAUGCACAUGUAAUGAUAGGUUACCCUUAUUUUUAAAAAAUGGUUGCUCUGAACGUGUUGUUCAAAUUUUAUUACCUCUAUGUUCAGUCAGCCCGUAGAGCUGGAUGGAGAAAAAACAAGAGAAAAGAUGCACUUUGCCACGUUAGAAUAUUGUACAAGUAGACAAUAUGGUGCUCGAGUAAGAUUCAAGAGAUAUUGCAAGAAAUGUAGUUUGCCUUUAGUUUGUCGGUUCACUAUUAAUAUCAUUCAUUCACAAAAAGGGAAAAAUGCAAUCGUGUGGGGUCAAAUACUUUAUUCAAAUUGUAUAUCUAAACUUUUAUUAUUUAGUUUGAGAGAUUGUUUUUUGUUACUUUGAAGCUGUAAUUUACAGGGUUUCACAUAUUGUAAAUAUCGGUGCAAUUUAUUUUAUUUACCUGAUCAUGACAAAUGUAAUAUGUAUGCUGUACAUGUACAUAAUGAAUACAUUGUAAAUCUGCAACUAAAAAAGUCAUAAUCAAAACAGAUUUACCUUGGAAGGUAAUAUUGAAGUUCACCAUUCUGCUGACAGAUGUCUGGUGUGUUUCCAAGCAUAAUAUACUUGUAUGUAAUGUGUCAUUAUAUAUCCCAAAGUUCAACUUUAACAAGUUUGUACAACUUAUUUACACAAAAGACAGAUGUCUCUUGAAUCAUGUGCACAUAUUUUAUUCAAAGAACCUUCAGUUGCAAUAAAACAAGUGUAUAGCAUGUAACAUCUUACCCUAGCUCACCACCGUUGCAGUUUGGGAAGAUAUUUUUUGAAACUGAUAUGCACAUAUUAGUUUUAAAGUGUUUCAUAGUAUCUUAAAAUGCAAUGAUUUAGAAUUGUACAAAAAAAACAUGUCUAUAUUAUUCCACUUUAACCCAACAGGUGGCAAGUCCUCUAUGCUAUAUAUUGUACUAUACAUUGGCAAAACAUUAAAGACAACGUUUUACAA